AUGGCCUCCUUUAAUGAACUACAAGGGUCUGUAAAUAUGCUAAAAUCGCAAGUAUCAAAACUUGAUGAAAGAGUAACAAGUGUGAAGAAUGAUGUUCAAAACUUUGACACAGAUAUGAAAGCACUGGGAAAUGUCUUCGAUUCAGUCAAAGAUGCAACUGAGGCGAACAAGAACCAAAUUGUGAGCAAUAUGAAAGCUACAGAGCAGUGUCUUCGUACCCAAAAACAAACCGAAAAUGUGUUAAAAGCUGUGAAUGAUGCUAACGAGGCUCUACAAAACUCAGUUACAGACCUCAAAAUGCGCUCAAUGCGAGACAAUCUUAUUUUCUCAGGAAUACCAGAACGGAGAUUCGAGGAUACUGAAGCUGUUCUUCAAGAUUUUAUCCAAAGAAAAUAUAGACUAAAUUACGAAAUCUCGUUUGAACGUGUACAUAGAAUGGGAAAAUGGAACGAGUUUAGUGAACACCCAAGAAAUAUUGUCGCAAAAUUUACGUUUUACAAAGAUAGAGAGUUCAUCCGCAGUCGAGCACCGCAAAAAUUAAAACACAGUAAUGUUUGGGUAAAUGAGCAGUUCCCUCCUGAGAUUGAGGAAAGAAGAAGAAAACUCUAUCCGGUUCUUCGGCAAGCAUUGAAAGAUCAUAAGCGCGCCAAGCUUGUGAAAGACACGCUGUACAUCGACGGCAAAGAAUACAUACCAUCAGCUAGAUCCGCGCCCAGCGCACCUGUACAAUCGUUACCUACCUGGAAUUCGACCUCGAGUUAUCAACCGAUGGAUCAACAGAGCACGCCGCAAAAUACCGACCGCCAGGCACUAAAACGACAGCGACAGGGAUCUACACCUGAGCAGGCAUAG